UUUUCCCUCUUCCUUUUGGCAGAUCUUUUAAAAUUGCAUGAUGUGUGAUGAGUUGGAGAUUCUUAACAGGGAGAUUGAGAGGUUAUUACCAAGCAACAUCGUGGAAGGAAGCUCUUUAAACUCAGACUCUCUUCAGCCAUCAAGCUCUGAUUCCUGGGAUGUAGAUUCUGCUUCAGGCAAUAAAGCACAAAGCAGUUUAGUGAAGGCAGCCACAUCAAGUGGAGUGUUGCUGGUUUCUGAGUCUUCAGGAUGCCAUCAUCGUGAAUGUUGUGUUUCUGGCUUCAGCGGAACAGCCUGUGCUUUAGGGAUUAUGCUGAGUGAUUCUGACUUACUUCAACCUCUCAGUGAUUCUUCUUUUGGUUUAAAUCAGCUUUCAGAAAAAAUUCUGGCAACCUCUAAUGCUGUGUCAGAAGUGACAUUUGGGAACAGUAGCAUCAGUAGUAUGGAAGAAGAGAAUUUGGAGUCUGUGGCACUGGAGUCUGAAUCUAAUAUGGAAAACCCAUCUCUUGCAUCAGCUUUGAAUGACAAAGGUGACCAAAGCAAUGAGGAUGAACAAAAGACAGUUAAACCCACUAGUAAAGAGUUCAGAAAAACGUGGGGGUUUCGGAGGACUACAAUUGCAAAGCGUGAAGGCUUAGGGGAUGCUGACAUGGACAUUAUUGAACAGUCAUCUCCACAGCAGCAAAGCCUGGCUCUUAGACGUAGUGGGCGACAGCCAAAACGCACUGAACGUGUGGAAGAGUUUCUUACAACAGUAAGACGCAGAGGAAGAAAGAAUCUUCCUUCAUCUCUUGAAGACUUGAAUGAUUCAGCUUCCUGCCAUGUUACUGACAAUGACACUGCUUCUGAAGGCAGCAUAGAAAGUAUUUCAGAUCUAAAACCUGUAUCUCAGAAGACCCGCUCUAAGGACAGCAGAGGUCAGUCAUCUCAUAAAAUUAGAACCACUAAAGAACAUGAGGACGGAGAUGAGGAUGAUACGUCUGACAGUGACAGUGAUGGGUUAACACUGAAAGAACUACAGAAUCGCCUAAGGAAGAAACGUGUUGAGGAGAAACCGGAAUUAACACUGAAAGAGUUACAAAAUCACCUCAGGAAAAAACACCAGGAACAAAAUCCUCCCGAGACAGUUGAUGUCCAAGGGGGCAACCAAAUUAAGCAUGAAGUAGCUGUGAAGCAAGAGCCAGGUGAUACAGCUGAAAUUGAGACUGGAGAUAAAAUAGGUGUUUCCAAGGAUAACACUGAGGCAGUUCAGGUUAAGAAAGAAAGAAAAUCUCCCGUGCAGACCAGUGAUGAACCUGAAGAACCCAGAAAGUGCAAAUCAGAAUCUGAGGUUUAUGAUCCUAGUACUCUCUACUGUAUCUGCCAGCAGCCUCACAACAACAGGUUUAUGAUCUGUUGUGACAGAUGUGAAGAAUGGUUUCAUGGGAACUGUGUCGGGAUUUCAGAGGCUCGUGGGCGACUGUUGGAAAGGAAUGGAGAGGACUAUAUCUGCCCAAAUUGCACUAUUCUGCAGGUGCAGGACGAAACAAGUACAGAAACUGAUCAGCAGGAGACUACAUUGAGACAGAUAGCAAGUGAUGGUACAGAGCUUACAAGCAUAGGAACUAUUGAACAAAAGUCCAUUGAGGACCAAGGAAUCAAGGGCCGGAUUGAAAAAACUGCAAAUCCAAGUGGAAAGAAAAAGCUCAAAAUAUUUCAACCAGUAGUUGAAGAGCCUGAAGCAGCCAGUUGUAUUGGUCCAGGGUGUUCUAAUGUGGCUCAGCCAGGUUCUGUGUACUGCAGUCAUGAUUGCAUUCUGAAACAUGCUGCAGCUACUAUGAAAUUUCUAAGUGAAGGCAAAGAGCAAAAACCAAAAGAGAAGACCAAACUAAAAACUGUUGUCAUAAAACCUCAGCCUCUGGCAAGCACCAAACCCUUUUCCAUGCAGAAGAGACCAGCUCCCGAGAAGAGAGAGAGUGCCAUGAAGAAAACAGUUGUGGCAGCUGUUAAGACUGAAGCAAAUAUGACAGUAGCUAAAGAAUCACCUCCAGAAAUCAGCACACCAUCCUGGGCAAGCGAUCAUAAUUAUAAUGCAGUAAAGCCAGAAAAGACUCCUGCCAUUUCAUCAUCACUGUUGUUCAAAUCAAAAGAAGAGCGGAAGAGUGAAGAGAAAUCAGUGGAACCUUCUACAGCAAUGAAGAAAAUUGUUGUAUCGACUUCCAUUGCUGAAAAACAGAUGUCUUCACAAAACAGAAAUCUCCUGCAAAAGAAACCCCCUGUAUUUACUAGUACUUCAUUAACUAAGCAUCCCAUUAAACAUUCUGCAGCAGAUUUCAAGGGAGUGAUACCUAAAAAAUCCUCGCUUUCAACUGGUCCACCUACAUCAAGUAAUGUUUCAACAUCAAAGUCUUCAUCUCUGUCCUAUGGAACAUCUUCAGUUUCCAAAAAACCAGUUGCCUCUUCUACCAUGGUUGGUGGGUAUAGGAAACUCACCACAUCUUCUACUUCCUCCACAACGUCUACAACAUCACAAACCAGAUUAGCUGUGAAUGCCAGUCAGUCACAACCGAAUUCCCAAAUUCGUCAAAAUAUACGACGAUCCCUUAAAGAAAUUUUGUGGAAAAGAGUAAAUGACAGUGAUGAUCUGGUCAUGACAGAAAAUGAAGUGGGAAAGAUUGCACUGAAUAUUGAAAAGGAGAUGUUUAAUUUAUUUCAAGCUACAGAUAAUCGGUAUAAGAGUAAAUAUCGCAGUAUUAUGUUCAACCUCAAGGACCCCAAAAAUCAGGGUCUCUUCCAUCGUGUUCUUCGAGAAGACCUCCCUUUGUCAAAGCUAGUAAGAAUGAAGCCAGAAGAACUUUUAUCCAAAGAGCUUUCUAUGUGGAAAGAGAAACCUGCCAAAGCAAUAAUGGCACCUAGACGCAAAACCUUUGAAAAUAAAAAAAUAGCUGUAAAACAAGAACCCAUUCCAGAUGUUAACAUGGAAGAUUCUCCACCAGUGUCUGACUCUGAUGAGCAGCAAGAAUCGGAACGAACAGCCCCAGAGAAAAGCAGCACUCCUGUUCUGGAUGUUUUCAGUAGUAUGUUACAGGAUACAACAAGUCAGCAUCGAGCCCAUCUUUUUGACCUGAAUUGCAAAAUAUGUACAGGUCAAAUUUCAGCAUCUGAUGAAGAACCAGCUGCAAAAAAACCCAGAUUUUCUUCUGCUAAAAAGGCAGAACCAAAGACAGAGAUAAAACCAAAGUCGGAAAGUUCAACACCAUCAGAUGAUAUGGAGGUUACAAAAGAAGAAGAACUGGAGAAUGCACCAGAACCUGAAGUUGUAGCUACAGUUGAAACACUUUCUCUACCAAUUAUGGAAAAAACUUACAUUCCUUUAAGUCAAGGACAAAAUAACCCCGAAUCUUCUCUAGCUAAUGAGGGCUCUCUGUAUCCCAUGUCUUAUGCUGGUACCGUUACCACUACUGUGACAGUGUCUGGCAAGGAUCCCAGAACUGCUAUGAGUACUUUAUCAGCCUCUGUUUCUUCUGGGACUUCUGUAUUACCUCCUUUCUCAGCACAUGACACAGUUCCUGUAGGAGAAAGUAAACUAGAAAUAUCAAAAUCUGUUUUACCAACUCCAAAGUCAAUAUUAACAAAACCAUCAUCCUCGUCAGACACACGAUACUUGGCAGGUGCACCAUCAUUAAAUGUUAGUAUGUCAGAGAUACGGUCCCCUCAAGAAGGAGAUACUUCCCUUUUUCUUUCUCGUCUCAACACCAUUUGGAAGGGCUUCAUCAACAUGCAGAGUGUGGCCAAGUUUGUCACCAAGGCAUAUCCUGUCUCUGGGUCCUUUGACUACCUUAGUGAGGAUUUACCAGAUACAAUUCACAUUGGAGGAAGAAUCUCACCAAAGACAGUGUGGGAUUAUAUUGGCAAACUCAAGUCUUCAGUGUCAAAGGAACUAUGUCUGAUCCGUUUCCAUCCUGCAACAGAAGAGGAGGAAGUUGCCUACAUUUCUCUCUACUCCUAUUUUAGCAGUCGUGGCCGAUUUGGUGUGGUAGCUAAUAACAACAGACAUGUCAAGGACCUCUAUUUGAUACCUCUCAGUGCUAAGGAUCCUAUUCCGUCCAAACUUUUGCCCUUUGAGGGACCAGGCCUUGAAUCAAGUCGUCCAAAUUUAAUUCUUGGAUUAGUGAUUUGUCAAAAAGUUAAGCGUCCUGCAACUGUGCUGGAAUCUGAAAAGACUGAAGAAAAAAGAAGUAGAGCUCAGACUCAGGAAGAAGUUGAAAUACCUGUUUACUCAAAAGCCAGCGCACUUUCUCAGCAAGAGAAGAAAACUCCAAAGUUCUCACUGUAUUCUGGAGAAACAGUUGUUAGUACCACACCACCAGGAUCACCACCACCACCUCCUCCACCACCACCACCUUCUUCAGAGCCACCUUCAACAGUAACAUCUUCCGUGUUAAAAAUAUUGUCCUCAGUUAAAGCAGGAAAUACAAAUAUUGUUGCACCAGCAAAUGUUACAGCAUCAGGAACUAAUACAACUACAGUAACUUCUACUACUUCCUCAUCUUCAAAAUCAUCUACACCACUUGAUCACAUUCUGCAAACUCUUUUUGGUAAGAAGAAGUCCUUUGACCCUAUUACCAAGGAAUCUGAAGAUGCUCAUAUUUCAAAGUCUGAAGUACAAACGGUUGUUGAUGAAGGAUUACCAGCUGCUCCUUUACUAGAUCCCAUUGUGCAGCAGUUUGGGCAGAUGUCAAAAGAUAAAGCUAUAGAAGAGGAGGAAGAUGACAGACCUUAUGAUCCUGAGGAGGAGUAUAUUCCAGAGAGAACAUUUGAAAUGCAGAGUAAUGAAAGUGGAUUUGGAAAGCAGUGUGAAACCUCAGAGCAGGAAGAUGAAGCUUAUGAUCCAGAAGAUGAAACUAUCUUAGAAGAAGCAAAAGUUACUGUUGAUGACUUGCCUAAUAAAAUGUAUUCAGAGUCUAAAAGCAACCUCUUGUCAACAUCUACUCCAUUUGUGCCUGAUAUAUCUUCACCACCAUCCUUGGUUGAGCAACAAAAAAUGUUAGAAGAAUUAAACAAACAAAUAGAAGAACAGAAGAGACAACUAGAAGAACAGGAAGAAGCCCUCAGGCAACAGAGAGCAGCGGUUGGUGUCUCAAUGGCUCAUUUUUCAGUAUCUGAUGCUUUAAUGUCACCACCUCCAAAGUCAUCAAUAGUGAAAACAUUUCAACAUGAAAAUCAGCCUCCAGAAUCAUCAGAGCCACCCACAUCCUCAAGUCAAGUUCAAAUGUUUAGUCAGGGCAGUGACCCUAGACAAACAAGGGACCCUCGACAAGCUAGAAGGAUAUUAACUGAGUCUAAUGAAAGUUCUGAUUCUGUUGUAAAGCAGCAUGUGUUGCCAGGGGAAUCCUCUUCAGGACCAAUUCCUCCACCAUAUUCAGGUCCAUUGCAAACUUCACUUGACAAAGAAGAUAAAAUACCAAUUCCUCGUGCUUUACCUAGUCACACUGAUGCAUGGGUUACAACUGGAAAAAAUUCUGAUCUCCCUGAACAAAUUGCAUCUAUUACAUUUGAAAAUGCCCCACAAGUUCACCAGGAAACUAUAAAUAAUCUAGCUCCUAUUGAAAUAACCACAAAUGCACCUCUCCGUAAAGUAUUGCUACCCACACCACCUAAUCCAGGGUUUAUGCCUACGUUCCCUGCACCUAACACUGCUCAGAGUGUUCCUUGGUCAAAUGAACCUCAAGACAGUAACAUUGCUGGUGUAGUAAUGGACUCUUUUUCAAAUCCAAUGUUCACAUCUCAGGAAACAAUUCCUGGUCACUUUGAAGCAGAAAUAGGCCCCUCACAUUAUGAAGACCAAAGAAAUCAGGCUUGCCACUUUUAUGAACAAGUGGAAUCUCCCACAAUUCUAACUGAGGACAUAAGAGCUGGGCCCCCAUUUGCUACUACUGGACAACAAAUUGGACCUCCAAUAAUGUGUGGUGCUCCUGACUUCCAUGGACAGCUAGGUCCACCACAACAGUUUACCGAAGGUCAUAAUCCUCCACUAAAUAAUGAUGGGCAAAGGGGGCCUCCACCAAAUAUAUUUGGAGCCCCAAGAGCACCUAUUCCUUCAUUAUUUUCCACACAGCAUGGACCACUUCCUCUUUUUAGUGAUAACAGGGGACCUUCACCAUCAUUUCCUGGUGCUCCGAGAGAAAAUGCACCUUCUCAGUUUGAAGAUCAUAGAGAACCUCAUAUGGAACAUAUGGAAUUUGCAGAUUCUCAGUAUCAUGAGAUGAGUGGUCCUCCUGGACAAUAUGAAGGAUCUGAACCUCCCCAAUUUAUGGGAAAUAGAGGACCUUCCCCCUUUCCUUUUGGAGGGCAAAGAAGGCCUUCCCAAAAUCAGUUUAAAGGUCAGAGAGGAGGCCCAUCACCUCAGUUUGGAGGCCCAAGAGGCCCGCCACCUAAUCAUUUUGGAGGCUCAAGAGGGCCUCCUCCAAAUCAGUUUGAAGGACAAAGAGGACCCGCUCCAGGUCACAUGCCAGCACCAAGGGCACUUCUGCCACCACCCUUUGAAGAACAGAGGGAGAGCCCACCACCCAGAUUUCCAAACCAGAGAGGUGCAGCACCACCACACCAGUUUGGAGGACCAAGGGGACCAGUGUCUGGCCAAUUUCCAGAACAAAACGAACCUAUCCCGAAUAGGCUUAAUUUUCCAGGACAAGCUCAGCAAGUUAUGAAACCAGCCCCCAGGCCUCUUUUGGAUCUUCCAAGUCAUCCACCACAGCAUCGGAAAGAGAUGUGGGAUGAAACUGGAGCACCUGCCUCUCAUCCUAAUAUUGCCGGGCAUGGCUCUGAGUCAGAAGCACAGUGGUCAGGUUCUGAUUUUCGGGAGAGCCGAAGUAAUGAUUAUAGAAACCAGCCUUUUGAAGGAAGACAGAGAGAGAGAUAUGAGGGAGGUAAUAAGGAAAAAAUAUCAGAGCAUGCUGAUCACUCAGAUAAUCGUUCAAAUAGAGGAAAUGAUGAUAGACGAAGAGAUCGUGAUAACUGGGCAUGGGACAAGGGCCGUGGCAGAAACUGGAAUAGGGGUAGGGAAAGGGAGUGGGAGAGGCACAAGGAAAAAGACUGGGAUAAAAACAGAGAUAGAAGCUGUAACAGAGAAAGGGAAAGAGAUUCAGAACGAGGUAAAGACUGGGAAAGAACCAGAGAGAGAGCUAGAACUAGAGAAGGAGAUAAUUAUCGGAGGCGAGACAGAUCAAGAAGCAGAGACCGUGAUUAUGAUAGAUACCGAGACCGAGCUCGAAGUAGGGAGAGAGAAAAAGACAGAGAAAGGGAUAGGGAGCGUGACAAAGAUAGAGGAAGAGAUCGCAAGGACCGGAGCAAAAGUAAAGAAUGUGAUAAAGACUCAAAGACAGAAACACGAACAAGUGGUCAAAGGCCACCACAUCAAGAUGUUGCUCCUUCUUCCACUAAGCAAACUUAGAAAAGAAACUACUCCUCAAUAGUGGGUUGCUUGGAAGUGGGGGAAAUGUAAGAAUUGAUUGUGUACGAUUUGUACAUAUUGUAAAUUGUGUUUGCUAGAAAAUACUUUGGUAAAAUGUAUUUCACAAAAAGAAAAUUUGAAUUGUAAAUGCAUAUACUCAGAUACUAAGCAAGUACAUAGGGGGCUUGCUAUGUUUUUUCAUAAUGUUUUCUUACAAAAUGCAGCACAAUUCUUCCAUGCAUGGGAACAGUACCAGUGUACAGACGGAUUCCAAUAGGGCUUUAAUAGAGACUCGUCCCUUCUUCUUCAUUGGAUUAUUGCGCUACCUGAAAGAGUGAUGUUCUGUGGACAGGGGUGUGCAGAGUCCAUGUGCAAGCUGCUGCACCCACACAAGGAGGCAUUGUGACUAUAGCAUUAUACUUCUACAAUGUUGUGAUUUUUUUCUAUUUCCUUUAUUUUGAUAUUUCCAUUUACAGAAGUUAAAAAUGGGAAUUACCUUCAAAGAGCACAUUGCUUUUUUUUAGGAUAUAAAGUUAUGUUUUCCAGUAACUUGAACUGUAAUUUAAUUAAAAUUUAAGCAAGAACUUAGAAGCCAUACCUUUACAUCUCAAAUAUAUAGUAUUUUGCUGUUUCAGGUAGUUUCCUACAUACAAGAGAGCCCAAUAUUUCUGUCCUGAACAAACCUGAUAGUGGUUGGAUUUUGUGUAUUUAAAGAAAUGAUGGCUCAGGAGCAGUGUUACUAUUUGUUUGUAGCUUGCAGAGUAUUUGGAUAAGAAAUGCUAAGCUUCUAGGUUCACAGUUUUCCUUUUUACCUGAGGGCAUUUUGAGUUACAGACUUCACCUGGUAAGAAUUUAGACAUAAAACGAAUAUAUCUAAAAAUUAAUAAGAUUAAAAGGUUUUAAAUUUUGCAUUUUUACAAAAGACAUAAUUGAUUAAAAUGAAUGACCUCUCUGUGAAAUACAGCUAAGCUUUUAAAACAUGCUUAUAGGAAAAUAUUUUAUGAAUUUUCCACUGAAGGGUACAGUGUCUACCAGAAUUUCAUACAAAGAUGAAGGUUAAGACUUAAGACUGAGCUUUUCUGUAAUUUUCAGUCAAAAAGAUUUAUAAAUCAAAAGAGAAAAAUGAUAUUCUUGGUUAUGAUUAAGCACUUUUCAGCCAUUUAUUUCAAUGGGAGAUAUUUAAAAAUGUAGUUAAUUCUCCUGUUGUCAUUCAUAGAAACCGAAAAGUGUUUAAUUUCUGGCCAGAAUUAUAUCCCCGCUCCUGUUUUUGUCAAACCUGUGGGUAUCUUGAUAACAUGGAAGUAAAUAUUUGUGUACAGAUUGGAGUAGAGAAACUGAUACACUGAUACUAACAAUACUUGGCUUUAAAAAAGGGAGAGCUUUUCACUGUGAAAUGCAGUAUACUAUUUCCUUAUCUUUCAAAUUCAUCAUUCUAAACAGUGCACAGAAUAAAAGGCAGCAGUUUAUCUGGAUUUAUACAGCUGAGCAAUUAUUUUGAUAUUUUUAUAAACAAUUGCAAAUGUAAAAUUAGAUUCAUAACAUUACAUUUUGGAAAAUCGCAUUACACAUAUCUCUGUUCCAUAAAUAAAUCACUACAAAUUUACACUUUAUAUUGGUUCAUCUUCGUCAAGGAUGCAUUGAUUUAAACACAACCUGUAUGCAAAACUUUUUGCAAAAUAUUAAAAAGGUGGUGUAGAAUACAAUUACCUACUAUGAUGUAAUUUUUAUUCAAGAUGUUUCUAACUUAAAAAACAUACAUGUAAGUAUGCAAAAUCAAGUGUUUGUUUAGGUUUACUUGACAGGUUUCUGUAAAUUGUAUUUUAUAUUUCAGAAUAUAUCAUUGUACAUUAAAUGUGGAGCUUCAUAGGUUUUUGUUACUGUAAGUCAAAUAAAACAAAUA